CGGUGUCGCCACCUUCUUUGUCUCCGGCCCAACAUUUCGAGUCUAGGGCUUGUCUUCUUUUCUCCGUAGUUUUGAGGAUAUAUUUGUACAUAUAUCCCAUAUUUUCUGUUAUUGAAUGACAGUCGACUCUGAAAUAUUUAUGCCUAAAAGUAAAGCGCCAAAAAUGGAUGACCUGGACUACAUCCCAGUAGACCUGAGCCCAGAGGAGCGCUCAGAGCUCGAGGACAUCCGCAGGAGGAAGGGCGUCCUGCUGCAGGAGAUCCAGAGGCUCAGGGAGGAAUUGAGAGAGGCGAUUUUGGAAGUGGAGGGACUGGAGACAAGCACAGAGGGCAGUAAAACUCUACAGAAAAGCAGGCAUGUGGCAAUGGGAAGGAAGAAAUUUAACAUGGACCCCAAAAAGGGCAUUGUGUUCCUGGUGGAGAACGAGCUGCUCAGACACACCCCAGAGGACAUCGCUCAGUUCCUCUACAAAGGAGAGGGCCUAAACAAAACAGCUAUUGGAGAUUACCUGGGAGAAAGGGAUGACUUUAACAUCAAAGUGCUUCAGGCUUUUGUUGACCUCCAUGAGUUCACUGAUCUUAACCUCGUCCAGGCCCUCAGACAGUUCCUGUGGAGUUUCCGUUUGCCUGGUGAAGCUCAGAAGAUUGACAGAAUGAUGGAGGCCUUUGCUCAGAGAUAUUGCCACUGCAACCCCGGGGUUUUCCAGAGCACAGACACAUGUUACGUGCUGUCGUUUGCCAUCAUUAUGCUCAACACAAGCCUUCAUAACCCGAAUGUGAGGGACAAACCUGGAGUGGACCGUUUCAUCUCCAUGAACAGAGGCAUCAACGAGGGAGGAGACCUACCUGAGGAGCUGCUUAGAAAUCUUUAUGAGAGCAUUAAGAAUGAGCCCUUUAAGAUUCCCGAGGAUGAUGGCAAUGACCUGACACACACCUUCUUCAACCCCGACAGAGAGGGCUGGCUCCUUAAACUUGGAGGACGGGUGAAAACCUGGAAACGAAGAUGGUUCAUUCUCACAGACAACUGCCUUUAUUACUUCGAAUACACCACAGACAAGGAGCCGCGGGGUAUCAUUCCCUUGGAAAACCUGAGCAUCCGUGAAGUAGAGGACCCAAGAAAACCUAACUGUUUUGAGCUUUACAUCCCUAACAACCGUGGCCAGCUGAUUAAAGCCUGUAAGACAGAGGCUGAUGGCAGAGUAGUGGAGGGAAACCACAUGGUGUACCGAAUCUCUGCCCCGACACCUGAGGAGAAGGAUGAAUGGAUCCACAGCAUCAAAUCUGCUGUCAGUGUCGACCCUUUCUACGAAAUGCUGGCUGCCAGGAAGAAGCGUAUAUCACUGAAGAAGAAGGAAGAACAACCGUAGAUUCUCAUUCUCCCCUCAUCUUUCCUUUCUCUAAUCUUUCCUUACCAUACAGACAUAUUUACAUUCCCCAUUCUUUUUUAUUUUAAGAUUUUCUUUCUUUUUUUUUAACCUCUUAUCAUUCCCAAGUAUAUCCCAUCCUGAUAUGAGGACUUGCUAUCCUGUCUGUCAGACUCCUGAAAGCGUCUUUCAGAGGAAGAGCUCACCAGCCGUGGCUGACUCUUCUUUCAUCUCUUCUUAAACUACUGCUGUUAAACACAACCUGACACACACCAGCUAGAGCACACAGUCUCUUACACCUCCUCCUCACACUCAUUUCGACUCAACUCUCAAAUGAACUGUGAAACAUGUCUGGGACCAUAUUCACACUAAUGUUCAUCAUUGGCCUUCUAUCCACAUUUAGCUGCAUUCUUAUAACAGCUGCCAAAUUAUGGAGAGAUUCACAAUCAAGAGGAAAAGGAACAUACAGGGAGAGUGUUGUUAAUUUUUUAGAAUUAUCCAACUGCUACCUGCAUAGUUAAAUAAAAUAGAAACAUAAAAGUACAACACAUUUAUUUUGCAACAAAAACUGUUACGCUGCUUUCUAAAAAUGCUGGUGUGGGUUGACAUCUACUCAACAUGUACCUCCUGCAUUAGUGUGAAUAUGGUUCUAAUAAGGGUAGCAAGCAGCUUCUGCUCUUGUUUUUACUUUUCGUCCAUUUUUUUUACAUUUUGCCUGAUAGAAAGAAAUGGACGCUUGAUUGUGCUUACCCAAAACAAAUUGUAAAUUUACUAAUCAAACACUAAUGACAUUGUAUUUUUAGUUUGCGAUGAUCAGAGAGGAUGAAUGAAUGAUCUGAAGUCAAGCAGAUAAAGACUUCAGACUACUGUGAGCUGCUUGUUGCUUCCUAUAGUAAUUGUCAUGACUUUGAUACACUACUACACUCAGAUACUGUUAUAUUGUGAGUAGAGCAGCGCCAAGGUACUGUAGGUCUUUAACAUAAUUGACUCUCAAGGCACAAAAGUUGCUUUCCAUGCGGAUUUAAUAGAGAAAACACUAGCAGUUUUCUUCCAAGCAAGUUGCUGCUUGUUUCAGCUCACUGAGACGAUAUAUACUGUAUAGUCCUUCACCUGUUUCUUAACAUGAUUGAGCAAUAGCAGAGAAACCCGUAGUUCUUAUCUGGAGGCCUGUUAGCUAAUCUUUUCUAUGACACUAAACUGAGCAACAUGUCCUCUCAGACAUAAUAUUCCAGCAUGCCACAAAUCAUUUCCCUCCUGCUAAAAACACACUACAACUCUUUCACAAGUAAUAACUGUUCGACAUUUAACUGUUAGAGAUUGGUCUGUCGGCUAUAGUGAGUUUCACAAAACCACAAAGGCAGCUCAUUACAAUGUAUACUUUUUUGUAAAUAGAUGUUAGCAUAUUUGUUUAUGAUACACAUAGAAUUGAUUUAAUUUAUUCUUUAUCUUUUGUUAAAACCUGAUUUUUGUAUGAGCUACUGUAGGACUGCAUGUUGAUAAACCGAGGCGUCAGUCCUGGGUACUGACGCAUCGCUGACCAUGCUAGUGCACUGAUUUAAAAAAGUGUUAGUGUUCCCUGUUGAAAAAUCAGUAGAUCUGGAAAUUAAUGUAGUUUCUUUGGGUAAAAAGAAGAUAUUUAGAUGAUGUUUAGCAGUCUGGUUUACCUCUUGAUCACCUGUUUGGUUUUCAGAGUAAAUCCGACUCAGUUAAAGCACAAAAAGUAUCAUAGAGGAAACGUCCAAGUUUCAUUGGGGGCUCAGUUCACUUUAAGUGUUAUGAAGAUAUUUAUAGGCAGAAUUUAAGUUUUACAUCAAAUGACAGUGUUAAAAAUAAAUACACACUAGAACAAGGAACACUAACAAAGCUUUGAUUCAUUAUAUUAUAGAAAAAUCAUGCAGACGUAAUGAAUCAGUAACAAGUUUUAGAUGUUUCCAGUGAUAGAUUUGCUUGACAUCCAGUUCGUAAACUUAUUUCUAGUAGUUUAUUGGAUUGGCAUUUUUAGAUGGUAGUAAAUAUAACAUUCAACUGCACUUUAUCGAUUUAAGCAUUUUGGAGAAAAUGCUGUUACUUUGACUGACGUUACUUCAGUACGCUGUAGCACCCUCUGCUGGUGAUCCCACAAACUGCAAUAUGCUGAAGGAUGAACCAUGAACUGUGUAGAAAUACUGUACAAUGCCACCCACCAGAGCAACAGCAGUUUAUGACCAACAUGUACUGUAUUUUAUAACCUGUUAAUUUAAUAGAGAUCAUGUUUAACAGUGAAGACUUGUUUAUCAAAACAUGUGGACCUUGUAUUUAAGUCAGUCAGUGAUAAAAUACAGCUGUAGGAUUGCCUUCUACUCUCCUUACUCAUCAAACUGACUAAGGCCUAACUUUGUAUCUCCAUGGAGGUGCUUCUACACAUUACAUGGACUGUCUGAAGGCCUCACCUUCUGGAUAUUCUUGAUGUGCAAAGUUGCCAAAAAUACUGUUGGAACAACAAACGUUCUGACUAGAACAAAAGAAUGAAAACUGAAGCUGGGCCUCUGUUUCUGAUUCCUGUGACCCCAGAGCCACUCCUUUCAGAAAAUGUGUCAAUUUCUUAUUUAUUUAUUUUUAUUUACUGUGAGGUGAAGAUGGAUAGAUCAUCUGUAAAUGUAGCAAAUGGAAAACCACGAUACAUUGGUGCCAGUAAACUACUGUGUAACAAUAAAAAGUAAACAGAGA